CUGACUUGUUCUCUCAAAAAGAAACACCCGAUUUCGGGAUCAUCGUGCUGUACCAACUUCACGUCAUGCCUCGCACGUCAAAGGCGAUCAAUCCAUCGAAUCUGAGCGACUCGGUACUAGGCUGCUUUGCGAUAGUGCCGCCUUCAGAGACACUGGAUCAUCUGGUUCGGUAUUUGAGUACAUGGAGCGGUAGCGAUAAACUAUUCAUGGUCAUCCAAUACGCGGUCAAGCUUUUGGUGCCCCUGCUUGAGAUACGUGCCAGAUUCCAACAUCGCGUCGGAUUGCGGAAGGCGCCGCAGAGCGCUCACGCGCCUGGCUUGAACAAGCUUGCAAGCAUCAUCGGAGAUGCAAGGACGCUGUGGAGAAUCUGGGGCCUCCUUCCUAUCUUCCAAUGGCUGAUAUCUCUCGAACGAAACCCACCCCCGACUCGCAAGCUCCUCACCAUCGAGCGCUUACAAGGGUGGAGUAUGCUCGCUUAUUAUCCUCUGGAGCACAUAUCCUAUCUCGCCUCUCACUCCAUCAUUCCUACCACUAUACCUGCGCUGUCUUCUAUUCUCCCGCUCUGGCUGCUGAGGUCGAAGUCCGCCAGACGCACAAUGAAGCUGGACGUGAACAGGUUGAGCCUAUGGUCGUGUCGUUUCUGGGCGUUGUACGUGAUGCUCCAAUUCGCCCAUUUGAGGGAGGACAGGCAACUUUUGUUGGCGAAGGAGCGUACUCUGGGCAAGGCGAAGGGAAAGGCGGGAAUGGGGGCAGCCGAACGCACCGAGGUACGACAACGGUGGGAUGCGUACUGGAAUGAGCUAGUGGUGAACCUUGGGUACCUUCCUCUGACGAUUCAUUGGUCUCUCGAGGGAGGCCUAUAUCAGAAUGAGACGUGGUCGGCUGUGUUCGGUCUCAUCGCUGCCGUGGCAUCAUUCCGUAGCGGCUGGAAAGCCACGGCCUUACACCAACUUCCGCCAGCGGAGGAGCCGCUGGUAGAGCCACUUGCUGCGGUGAACGAGACUGUGCUUCCGUCAAUGGCUUCGCCGGGAUCCCUGCUCGAUGUGCCGGGAACACCGGAGGAUAGUAGUACUUAGCGACGAGGAGGGUAGCAGCGACCCAGGAUUAUCACUCCUGUUUUCACCGUUAUGUCUGCGGACGGCGCUUUCCGCGUACUGUACUACAGUACUACUCAUAUAUCCAGCUUAC